AUGUCCACUUCAAAAGUUACUGUUUUGAUUUUUCUUCUUUGCUCAAUUCAAUCCUUGGUUUUAUGUCUUGAUAAAUAUUCCGAAAAUUAUGAAGAUUUGAUGAAUGCAGUUAUGGGAAACGAUGUUCAAGUACAGGUAUUUUUUGAAACAUUAAAGUUUUUUUUCUAGUUCUUAUUUUUUUCUGGCGAUAUUUUUUUCCAGGAUCACGUAGAUGACAUUUCACUUCUCACAAAUGAUAUCAAACCGGCUGCACCUGUCUCAAUAAUGAGUGGAGAAAUUCCAAAUGAUGUCAUCAAAAAGUUGGCUGGUAUUUAACUAACUAGAAAUUAUCCAAAAUCUCUUCGAAUUCUCGCUAUUUUCAGAUUAUAUAUUUUCUUUGAUGCAAGGAACUGGAAAUGUCAAAAAACGAACAGUUUCAGUCACAACAACUUCUACAGUACUCCCAGAAACUACACAAUUUUAUCGGAAACAUGAUUUGGGAGUUGUUGGAUAUCAUCGGAAAAUAAUUGGGAUUUCGAGAAAAAAGAAAAACUUUGGGAAAUUUCGAAAAUCUAAGUUUGUUUUGAGAAAUGGACGAACAUAA